AUGAGACUCACCAUACACGGGUUGUUACUGCUAGUGGCCGGCCUGGUGUCGGGCACAACCGCAACAACAACAACCAGAUUAACAAGAAGAGCAUCCGCAAACGAGACCAAGGACGGCUUACAUUCGCUCAUGGUUGCCACGGGAAAGGUAUACUUUGGCACGGCAACCGACACGAACAACUUUGACGAUGAGGCAUACCAAACCAUUGCGACGAACCGCAAGGAGUUCGGCAUGUUCACGCCUGAGAACUCACAGAAAUGGAUGUCGACCGAGCCCUUCCAGGGGAACUUUUCGUUCGCACAAGCCGAUCGUGUUGCGCAGCGCGCCCGGUCGAAUCGCCAGCUCCUGAGGUGCCAUACCUUGACAUGGCAUUCUCAGUUACCGCCGUUCGUCCAAAAUACCACCUGGAACCCAGCAGCCCUAACCGCCCUCCUAACCGCCCACCUCACCACCGUAAUGCGGCACUACGCCGGCCGCUGCUACGCCUGGGACGUAGUCAACGAAGCGCUCGCCGAAAACGGCACGAUGCGCUCCGACCCGCCCUCCGUCUUCCUCUCGAUCCUCGGCCCGUCCUACAUCCCGCUCUCCUUCACCAUCGCGGCCGCAGCCGACCCGUCCGCAAAACUGUACUACAACGACUUCAACCUCGAGACCAUCCCCGCCAAAGCGGACGGCGCGGUCGGGAUUGUUAAGCAGAUACGCGCGGCGGGCGCGAGGAUUGAUGGUGUCGGGUUCCAGGCGCAUAUGAACGUGGGGCAGACGCCGAAGAGGGAGGAGUUGGCGGGGACGUUGAGGCGGUUUGCGGCGUUGGGGGUGGACGUGGCGAUUACGGAGUUGGAUAUUGCGCAUGGGAAGGUUCCUGUUGCGCCCGGUGGGGUGGAGGAGGUGCAGCAGGCGAGGGACUAUGCGGCCGUGGUGGGUGCGUGUUUGGAUGUGGAAGCGUGUGUGGGUAUUACGGUGUGGCAGUUCACGGACCGGUAUAGCUGGGUGCCGAGUACGUUUCCGGGCAAGGGACAGGCGUGUAUGUUUGCGGAAGAUUAUCGGCCAAAGCUGGCUUAUGAUGCGGUCGUCGGGUUGUUGAAGGAAACAGCCGGACUCGCGCCGGCCGGAUCGGCGGAGUCUGUGUUUGGUAGUGACGGUGGCAAGGCGACGACCCCGAGUCCUGUCAAUGCUUCUUCAACGACAGGGAGUGGUGAAGUGCACGUCGUCGGAACCGGAUUGCUCGAGUGA